AUGGUCGCUGAGUCGUGGUUUCGUAGUUUGUGGAAAACAUCAAGGAAGCAUGAGUUUGAUUCUGAAAAGGCACAGAUUGGCGUAUUGGCUUUUGAAGUUGUCAGCUUGAUGUCUAAGCUGCUUAACCUAUGGCAUUCACUGGCUGAUAAGCAGGUGGCAAAAUUGAGGGAGGAAAUUAUGAAUUCCACGGGUAUUAAAAAGCUUGUGUCUGAGGAUGAGAAUUACAUUGUGCGGUGGAUAGGUUUAGAAAUGAUGGAGAACUUAGUACACGUGGCAAGAGCCGUGUCUAGACUAUCCAAGAAAUGCAGUGAUCCCAUAUUAAAGAGUUUUGAGCAAGCAUUUAAAGAUUUAAUCAAGAUUGGUGCCGACACUUAUGAGUGGCGGUUCACGUGGAGGAAGAUGGACCGGAAAGCUAAGAAUAUGGAACGCUUCAUUGUUGCCAACGCAAAUUUGUAUCAAGAAAUGGAAAUACUUGCAGAUCUCGAACAAACUCUGAAGCGAAUGAAGAGUAAUGAUGACACAGAUAGCACUAGUGUCAUUGAAUAUGAAAAGAAGAUUGCAUGGAAGCAGCAGGAAGUGAAGCAUUUGAAGGAGAUUUCUCUUUGGAAUCAGACCUAUGAUUUCACAAUUCGUCUCUUAGCGAGAUCUAUAUUUACUAUAUAUAGUAGGAUUGGGCAUGUUUUUGGAUUUAAUCACAUGAUCGACAUGGAAUUGAAAGAAUGUGGAGUUCUGGGUUCUGAUUAUAGCUGUAACAGCCACUCAAUCAUUUUUCCCCAAUCGUCUGUGCACCUGUCUGAAAAUAGCAGUCCUAAGUUUUCCUCCGGUCCGUUAGGAAAGUUGAUUACUAAAUCUGGUCCAGUCUCAAGGAGCAAUUUCCAUUCCGGUCCUCUUAGAAAUUCACUUACAACAUCAAGCCCAAUCUCUGGAAGACACGAUGCUAAGAACUUUUAUUCUGGCCCCCUCGAGAGGUCAACGACCAAAUCUGGUCCACUUCCAAGAACAAGCAAAAGCAUUUGGAAGUGCAUGGAAAAGCCGAGCGAUAUAGAUAAUGCCCAAACAGACAUAAAGAUCACAUUUAGACGUUUCAUUUUGUUGCAGCAGUGUAUCGUGAUGCAGCCACAAAGAGCAUCUUUUCAGAUCAUUUUAUGA